ACAGACCUAAAUAUCUUUGUUUAUUGGGGUCUCUGGUUUCCCGGUGGUUGGUUCCAUGGCGCCGAGUUUCCGAGACGUCCAACUGACGUCAACGUUGGGGGCCAACGCCGGCGAUGACCUCGAGGAGGUACGGCUUUUGGAUGCAUACGAAAAAGAUGAUGUUGAGAAUUCCGGGAAACUGGCGGAGAAUUUGAAGAGAAUUCAGGUGAGAGUUACGGGGAUGACCUGUGCUGCGUGCUCGAACUCGGUGGAACAAGCUUUGAUGAGCGUGAACGGCGUCGUUAAAGCUUCCGUGGCUUUGCUCCAGAACAAAGCCGAUGUCGCCUUUGAUACUAGUUUGGUCAACGUUAGUCUUUGA